UGCUGAAGUAAAUGGAUGCAGCAGGUAAUAUUGUCAAAGGCAAGGGUAUUUUGGUCAUUUCGCAGCAGAAAAUAUGGCAUUGUCAUUUUGUUAAAUAAUCGAGGGCAGUUUGGUACUUCUUGCUCUAUAACUAACACUCUCUCGACGCCCGACCCCGACCGAUUUGGAGUUCCUCUUCUCCUUCCUCUCCUCUCAGGGCAGAUUUUCCCGGCCAUCUUCGAAGAAAUUUCGCGUUCUUUUUUGGCGGGAAAGAUGUCUGGUAAAGGCGCGAAAGGUUUGCUAAUGGGAAAGGGUUCAAAAGACAAAGAUAAGAAAAAGCCAGUCUCCCGUUCUUCUCGAGCUGGUCUUCAGUUCCCAGUGGGCCGUAUUCAUCGUCACCUGAAGUCGCGAAUUGCAGCCAAUGGAAGAGUGGGAGCUACUGCUGCUGUGUACUCGGCAGCCAUCUUAGAGUAUCUGACUGCAGAGGUGCUGGAGCUGGCAGGGAACGCGAGCAAGGAUCUGAAGGUUAAACGUAUCACUCCGAGGCAUCUGCAGCUUGCGAUCCGAGGAGAUGAAGAGCUUGACACCCUUAUCAAAGGAACCAUCGCCGGAGGUGGUGUCAUCCCCCAUAUUCACAAAUCACUCAUUAAUAAGUCCUCAAAGGAGUAGAUCUUGACUCUCUCUAAUUUCUCAUACUCUUGCUAGAGCUGCAGUUAGAUCUUGUUGGUGUGGUCGUCUUGAGAUGUACAUCUUUGCAAACCCUAUGGUUUUGAAACUUGUUGCUAUCCCCUUUACUAAUGGAUGCUAUAUUUUCCCUUUUUUUUUUCUUACUAAAAUUCUCUCAUCUGGGUGAA